UGCGGUCUUCCGCGGGCGAAGUUCUCGUUCGGGGCAGGCAGCUUGGCUGGCUUGAUUCAUACGCUACGCGUCUACUUUCGCCGGUUCAACAAGAAAUUGGACCCGUACUACGCGACAUACGCCUCAACACAGAUCGAAAAACGACCUUUCAAUUCACCUGAUGGGUGUCACAGUGAGGGAGCUGGAAUCUCUUACUGGCAGUAGAUUGGGAUCCUGCCCUUAUAUCAAGAGGGAGUGUGGAAGCAGGGCUCCAAGUGUGGGGACAUAUGACUCACCUGGAUGAUGAAAGGGUAGAGGGGACAGCAGUAUUCAUGGUAAAAGACCAAAGGGAAGGUUACAGGCAUUCCCUACUCCUGAAGGGAGAAGUGGACAGCAAACAAUCGAUCUCCUUACUAAAAGGAUAUGUGCUUUAGGGGCAGUGCAAGUGGGCACCUUUGUCGUUGACUGCGAUACACAUGUUAUUACAACACCCAUGAAUCAGCAGAAGAUACUGCAUGUCAUGCACAACUCAGAGCAACCUGCCACUGUGUUCUCCAUUUUAGAAACUGAGAAUAAACGAAUAUGUGUGACAGCAGACACUCUCUUUGACAUGAUCACUGGCAAGAUCAGUGAACUGAGUGGAGCCAAGAAAGCUCCAAAGGCUGAAUCUCGAGGCACACGCUUUGAAGUGGCUGGUGGUGAUUUUUUAAUCAAACUUGGGAGUGUCACUGUUGGACAGAACUUCAAAGGGAUCCUCUGUGAAGUUGAGUAUCAACCAUGUGUGAUUCCAAGCAACUGCUGGGAAUUAAUGAGAGAAUUCCUCCAAGGAUCUUUUGGAAGUUGUGUUUCAUCUCAACCACCUGCAUUUCUCCAAGGGGAGAAAAAUGCUGGAUUUGAGGUUCUGUAUCAGAAUCUGAAAGAGAGCAUCCAGGCCACCAAAGAGCUCUUGGAAUUCUUCAGGGAAAGGUCCAAAUUGGAGGAAGCCACUUCCAGUCAUUUCUUGAAACUUGCCAACAAGGCUACAAAUGGUUGUAGUCAUGGAAGUUUUGCACCGAUGUGGCAGGUGCUGAAGGCAACCACAGAGAAACUAUCAAGUCUUCAUACCCAAAUGGUACAGAAGAUUCAAGAGCUUGUGAAAGAGGCUGUCAAGUAUACUGAUGAACUCCAGAAGCGACAAAAGUCUGUCAAAGAUGAAGAGUCUGGAACAUCAGAUGCAGUCCAGAGCCUUCAAAGUGUGACAAUGAGUCUGCAAAAGGCCAAGGAUGCAUAUAUCCAGAGGUGCUUAGAGUACGAGCGUCUCAAGAGUGAAAAUCCGUCCGCAUCAACCAAGGAACUGGAGAAGCUGGAGGGAAAGUGCCGCAAAGCACAGGAAGAUUAUAAAGCAUUAGUUGACAAGUACAACUUGCUCAGGGAAGACUUUGAAAGAAAGAUGACAGUAUCUUGCAGGCACUUCCAAGAGAUGGAGGUGAAGCACUUGAUCCAGCUGAAAGAGUUUUUUGGCAGUUUCACCUCCAUUCUUCUGACUCAUCAUGAUAUGAUUGGGAAGGCUCAUGAAGAGCAGCAGCAGCAGACUGAGGAGCUCACAGUGGACAGACUUCUUGAGGAAUUCAUCAAGAACAAAGAGACAGGAUCUGAACGACCAUGUCCAGCAGUGUUUGAAGAAGCACCUGUGGUUGGUACCCUGGUAUCCAUUGGUAGUGGAUCCCCUGACCCAAGUGACCGGUCUUCCCUUGGUGACAAGGACAAGGAAGAAAAGGAAGGAAAGGAGAAGGAGAAGAAGACAUCGAAGAAAGAAGGUAAAAAGGGCGGGAGUGGUGACAAGGCAAGUAAAGAGGGGCUGCAGGGCAAACCAUCAAGGCGAACCACUUCCUUGUUGAAUCUCUUCAAUGCGGUGAACACCUCCUCGGGCUUGGGGGCAGCAGCCUCGAACUCGGGGAGUCCUGAUGACGGGUUUUUGAGAAGUCGCAGAAAGAAGAAAAAAGGGAAACAAUCUGACAUGGGAGGAAACAAGGACGACAAGUCAGAUGGGGAAGAGAAAGAAGAGGAUGGAGGUUUGAAAGCAGAUUGCACUCACCUGGGUUCAGUGGAAGUGGAUGGAGAGGGGUAUUCUAUUCGACCUUCUAUGGAUAGAGAAAUCAGUGAUCAUCACAGCAGCUUCUUCUCUAGUUCUGAUUCUGAUUCUGAUGAUGGUGAGAGGAUGCCAGAGAAAUUGCAUAUAGAAAUUAAGCCUGUUACCAAUGGAUCUGCCCCAGAACCUGCUUCUGUUGAAGAACUGAAGGCCAAUAUUGAGAACAUUACCCUAUCUCCUGUUGGCAUCAACAUGAGUACCUUCAGUCGGAAACGGGACAGCAUUGACGAUCACUCUUCAGUGAGGCGUAGUACCUCCGUCGUUAGUUCCAAGCAAGGGAAUCUCUCAUCACUGGACCUUAGCUUCUUCUCAUCUGGUUUGGGACAAUCAGGCACAAAUACUUCCACACCUUCAGGUUCCAUCCACAGCCCCACCAAUGGAAGGACUGGCAUGGACCAUUCUUUAAGCAUCUCUCAUGGUGGAAUGAGUGAUGCAUUCAGCAAUUCUACGGACAUUCCUCCGUCAUUACCUCCAAAGGUUGGCCAAGGAUCAGUUGCAAUUCGCAGUGAUACUCCAACGUCCUCCAUUGCCAUCCCUCGACCUCCCUCCCGCAAGGCUGAAAUGCAGGGCUUUGGGACAACACGAGGGCGGGUGAGUCCUCUGACUGGAAUUUCCCGUGCUGAGAGCACAGGAAGUCUGGGAUCUGGGAAUGCUAUCAUCCCUGUGACAAGCACCUCCUCUCGAGGCCCUUCUCCUCUAACCAUUGGCAUGUCUGACACCAUUCCCCUUGCCGUGGCCUUCCAGGAACUAGUCCAUGCCAAGUUCCGAGGGACAGAUGAGUCCAAGUGCUUGGUGCAACAACAAGGGGAACUAGUCAUGUCUUUCCCAUCUGGUAUUGUCAGUGUCUUCACAUCGAAUCCCAUGCCUGCUCCACUAGUCUUCCGUCUUUCUCAGACCAACAACAUUGACCAAGUUGUCCCCAAUAAGCAUCUCCUUGUCCUAAGCCAGAGUGAGCUGGAGAGUCAUGUAUACAAGUUCCAGAUGGGGAACCUGGUCACUCUGUUGAAGAAACAGGCAGAGGAAAACCCUGGAGCUGCCUACUUUAACUGUGGCAUCCUUAGAUAUAAGCUGAAGGCGAAGCCAGGAGCAAGCAGUGCUCCUUUUCAUAUGGUAGCAUAUUGGAAGUGUGAACCAUCACAUACGGAUCUGAGGAUAGAUUACAAGUACAAUGGGAUAGCAUUGGCUACUCCUUGCUCCCUUCUCAACUUGGCUGUCUCUGCCACUGUGGAUGGAGGUGUCACUACCAUGCAUUCAAAGCCCCAGGGACAGUGGUUAUCCAACAGCUACCGAGGCUUGUGGCGUUUGUCAGAACUGUCAGCCCUAAGUGAAGAAGGAGGUGUGGGGAGCCUGAGGGCCCGUUUUGACCUUUCACAUGGCCCAGGUUCACCUGGUGUCCUUGCUUGCCAAUUUGCCUGUGAUGGAAGCACUCUAUCUGGCCUUGGGCUAGAACUUGUUGGACCUGGCUAUCGGCUCUCUCUUGUGAAGCGCAAGUUUUCUGCUGGCAAGAAGUUCAUCUUCAGUGGUGCCAAUUUCCUUUUCAAUUUGUGCAAACCUGUGAUGACUUCUCAAAGGCAGUACACAUGGGAAGGCGAGCAGGACCAACGCUACCGCUAUGCUGCUCCACCCGGUCCCCAGAUGGCCCAAUCUCCCACUGCUGUCUGAUGACAUCAAUUUCCCAUUCCUUCUCUUCCCAUUUAUGCAGUCUGUCUCAUUAGAUAGCAUUUUAUGCUUGUUUCAAACAAUCACCAUUUGGCAUGUUUCAAGUUUUGAAACAGAGAAAAAUUCUUUUUUGUCUUGGUCUCUUGAAGACUUCGAUGCUGGGGAAAUCUUGCAGUUUGUGCUGUCUGUCGAUCAAGAAUCUUGCUCAAUCUCAUUCUUAACUUUAUGAUGGGGGAAUAAAAAAUUUGCAAGUGCCUGCUUUAUUGUAAUUUAAUGUCUUUCUUUAUGGUCAGAGUAUAUUGAAACCUGGUUGUGCAAUACAUUCAUUGUCCUCUUCAUCAACCUCAAGAGAUUGGAAAAUUUUCUCAAACCAUCAUAUUAAUGAAUUGAGUAUUGCAAAAGGGCAGAUUAUGGCAAGAUUUGAUGUCAAUCAGGUCAUAUGAAUUGGAGUUGCAGAAAAAAAUCAUUUGCCGCUUGCAGAGUUUUCAUGCGUUACUGAGGUUUUUCCCUUUAAUUUAUUUAUUUCAACAUCAUGCAAUUUCAUUACCACCUGUUUGAGUGUCCAUCUAUGUGGGAUGGCAGUAAGAUCAUUCCAGUUUACCUGCAGAGCUGGCUCCUUUUGCAUUCCCCAUCCCCUUAUCUUCCAUGAAGCUCCAGUUAUGCACUUUUUAUCUUAUUUGUUUUUAUCAAUACAGGCUGUUUUAAUUUUUGGUUUUCCUUUGUUUCAUCAAUUGCCUGGUUUUUAUUUUUAGCUUCAAGAUUAUUUGGCAUUGCUGUGUGGUCGUUUUUAGAGUUAGUUUUCUAGCUCAGUUUUGCCAUAUGAUAUUCUCUUCCAAUGCUCAGUGUAAUUGUUUUCCUCACAGACAUAUUCCUGAGUUCCUUCCCAGUGAAUCUUUGGAAUUUGGACGGACCAAGUCUUUACUCUUGUCCCCACCAUUGAGCAAUGGAUGGAUUCAGAAAAAGAAAUUCACUAUAUUUAUGUACUACAAUUGUGAGAGUAAUAAUGAAAAGGAGAAGAGGAAGAGUGUUUAUAUUUACCAGAUGUAUGGUCGUAUCUUGAAUCUUGUUGAAAGUUGGAGAUCAAUAAAAAUCUAUCUCAUAUCA